AAAUGAAACGUCUUUAGAAUUGUUUUGUUGCACAUAGUAUCCACCAGAUGGCAACACGUGCAUGGUUAACUGAUGAGUUGAGUUAUGUCAUUUCCUACUGUAGGGUUGUAGUUCCGACUAGCUGUCAAUCAAACUUUGUGGCAAUCGAUUGUUUUCUGGUACUCUGUCUUUGAAAGCAACUUAAUCAGAACCACACGUCUGACUUUUGAUGGAAACUUUGCGGGCUUGGACAUCAAACCCGGAAGAGAACUAAUAAGUGAGACUAGCUGCGUUUACACAGACAGGUUAGUAGCUAACGCUUAGGCUACCUAGCUAAGUUAGCUAACAGUUGUUUGAGCCAGCCAGCAGUAGGCAUUUUUCCCUUGCCGAAAUAAGGAAAUAGCCCAAUUUCACAACCUUUUGAGAAAGUGUGGAGCUGAAAUCGUAGCUAAAACUAAUCAUUGACUCUUAGGCAGCUAACGUUAGCUAGCUAGAUAUUGAUAUAUCUGUCAUCAUUCCUGCCUGUCUGUCACUCGUCAGAGAAUCACCAGUGUCAAUCUCACCCGCGUGAUUGCAUUUUUGGGAGUUGUCCCCCAGAUAGAUUCGUUCAUUGACUCUUUAUGCUAUGCUUUUAAUUGACAUUCUGACUAAAUACAAUGGGCAAUUGUUGUGACUGCCUAGUAUAAAAUAACAUUUCCACGUAGUUGAGUGGCCUAGAAAUCUCGACCCCCUUCUUGAUCCUUUGUAUACAGUAAAUGCGUAUCUGGUGAAAUCACCAAUUGACAUCAAGAAGUUGUAGCUAAUUGUGAAAGUUGCAAAGAAAAAGUAUUGUAAACGUGCAUAACAGCCCCAUCCAGUGGUUAAGAUUAAAAGCCAGAGCACAGCUUUUUCAGAUUAAAAAAAAAAAAAUCUAUCCAUAUCGAAGUGCAACCAUGGAAGCACACAGUUGUCACCGACUGCCUGGGAAAACAUCAAGAAAGAGGAGAAGGGAUGAAAUCAAUGGAGAGAUGGAGGGAGAGCAGGCCGUCAAGGUCCGACGAUCCACAGUGGGUCUGACAGAUCCAGCCCCAUUUGCUGACCAGCUAGAACCAGUUACCGCUCCGUACGUGCGUGUCAGUAUGGAGGAGGCAUGCCAGGGCACCCCACUAUGCAGUGACGACCUGACACACAACUUAAAAGGCUUCACCGUAAUGAACGAGGACGAACGCUACGACACCGUCAGCCAUUGCCGCUACGUUGACGAGAUCGUACGGAACGCACCAUGGACGCUCACGCCGGAGUUCCUGGCUGACCACAGGAUUGACUUUGUCGCCCAUGACGAUUACCCAUAUUCUUCGGCAGGAAGUGACGAUGUUUAUAAGCACAUCAAAGCGGCAGGCAUGUUCGCACCCACACAGCGGACAGAAGGCAUCUCCACUUCUGACAUCAUCACCCGUAUUGUCCGUGACUACGACGUGUACGCACGCAGAAACCUGCAGAGAGGCUACACUGCCAAAGAGCUUAAUGUCAGCUUCAUCAAUGAGAAGAAGUACCACCUGCAGGAGCGUGUGGACAAAGUGAAGAAGAGGGUGAAGGAUGUGGAGGAGCGAUCCAAGGAGUUUGUGCAGAAGGUGGAGACAAAGAGCAUCGACCUGAUCCAGAAGUGGGAAGAGAAGUCCCGAGAGUUCAUCGCCAACUUCCUUCAAAUGUUUGGCCCAGAGGGAGCACUGAAGCACAUGCUAAAGGAGGGGAAGGGGCGGAUGCUGCAAGCCAUAAGCCCCAGGCAGAGCCCCAACGGCAGCCCGACCAGAGAGCGCUCGCCCUCUCCGCUGCCCUCCUUCCGUCUGCCCUUCUUCACCAAGACCUCCCCUCCCUCCUCGCCCCACCACCUCAGCGGAGCAGACAGCAUAUGCGAGGAUGACGAUUAGGAGCCUCCCUCUAUUCCUUUCUCUCCCUGUGGCUGAGAUGGUGCAGGUCAGGGUUUAGGGUAAAUACCAUUUCAGUUCAGUCAAUUGAUUGAAUUGAAAUGGAAUUGACCCCAGCCCAAGUGGCUCACGAGGAAUUGAUUAUUCACAUGCGCUUGAAUUAGGAUGCCAUGUUGUGUUUUUUUCCUAUCCCGCUCACAUUACUGGUUCUCUUUACCAGGCCUCCAGUGUCAGUCAGGCCUUUGUCAUGUUUAGGUGUUGGAAGGAAACCACGACACAAUAGCGUAGGAAGUUUCAUCAUAACUCUCUGUAAAACGGCUGUUCUUUGGGGCCAUAGUGUUGUUGUUAUACACAAAAUAGAUUUUCAAAUGUUUCAUUUAUGAUGUAUAAAAAUGAAUGAAUGAACAUGGGAAGGUGUCAGCCAAUACGGGCGUGAGUGAUGGGACACUCAUUCGCUCAAAUGUUCUUCCGACACACACUGAAUUGUAUUUGCCAUGCUAAAUCCAUAGUAGCUCCAGAGAAAAUUGAACAAGUGAUAACCGGUACUUUCUGUAAAUAAUAACUUUCUACUUUCCCCAUUUGAUUUCAUUCUGAAUUUUCUUUAUGGGAGUUACAUGAAGUAAUCGCUUAAGUCGUCUGGAUUUUUAAACUAUUGAAUCUAGUAGGGGUUAACCAUCGUACUGGAGUGUAUUUUCCCAGUCUAAAACUAGCCGGCACCUCAUACCAGCUGUCUGCCUCUUUAUCCCAUAACAAAAGCUGGUUUCAAACAUGGGGGGGGGGAGGACAUGGGAGGGGCGGAGGGUUUCCUCCAAUAUGAAGCAGUAGAAUGCCAUCCCUCCUCCCCUUCCCUCUAGUGAUCACGCUACAGGAGCAACACAGCAGCCUGUUGUUAUCAAUGAAAGACAUAGUGAGCCUCCCUCGCCUCGUAGAUGCAUUCUCUUCAACUGCCUCCACAGAAAAAGACAACUUGGGUAGAAUGAAAGCCUUGUGCAGAAUUCCGAAUAACCCCAUAGCCCCCUAGCACCCAUUAGCCCCCUAGCACCCAUUAGCCCCCUAGCACCCCUUAGGCCCUAGGCACUCCUGUAGAUCUGAAAGGAUGAGAUAGCUUUUGCGUUCUGGCUGGGUGGCAUUUUCACCGUGUUGGAUACACCUAUUCAGUCCUUUUAGGCCUAGGAUACACUGAGGUUGUACAACUGAUGUACAAUGCAUUGGACUCAACAGUUGUGAUGCAAUGGAUUUUUUAAAAACUGAAACGUUUUAAAUAUUGUUGUUUCGGCGUCUCCAGAGCGGUUGGGUAAAUAUUUUUGUGCAGACAAAUGCAUAACAAAUACCUGUUGUAUCAAAUGCGUUGUACAACCUGAGUGUGAACUAGGCCAGUAGACCUAAAGGUGUGCCUAAGGCUGUACCACUUGCUCAGGAGUGAAGUUCCACUAGGGACAGAUCUAGGAUCAGCUUCCUCCCCCAAUACACCUCCCAUUAGUGGAGAAAAUGCUAAACUGACCCAAGAUCAGGGGAAACUUGACCAUACUCCAUUCCGCUUAAUAACCUCCCUACUCUGUAACUGUAAUUGGAUUGAUCGAGGACUUUUGACUACAUUGGUCACCUGAUUAGUCACCAAGUUGAGUUGUUUUAUCCUCGUAUUUUGUCAUUUACUUUUAUUUAAUAUGUACUAAGUGUGUUGGUUUGUGUUAAAGGAGAUCUACUGUACGUACUUUCAUCUUGUAUAGAUGUCAUUUUUGUAUACCUCCUGGAAAAACCUGCUGAUUUUUCUUCUUUUGUUGUUGUAGAAAAUAGUCAUUCCACUAAUCAGUAAUUCCAAAUGCAUUGUGCAUCCCCACAACUUUAUGCCAAUAGAUUCCAAUUUUGGGGGGGGGGUGACUUAUUUAAAAAUUUUCCAGAGUGCUGAUGCUAUGUGUAAUCAGAGCUGCGUUGUGGCAUUCCUCCCAGACAUGAUUUUUUUCAACAGAAUUCAUGUUUAAGCUUAGCCAGAGGGUGUGGUUAUUCAAAUCUAUAUAUUGUGAAUAGUAUUCUCUGAAGCAAGCAACUUUCAGCACUUAUACAAUAGUAUGUGAAAUAUUAUUCUGCGUUUACACAGGCAGCCCAAUUCUGAUAAUUUUUUCACUAAUUGUUCUUUUGACCAAUCAGAUCAUCUCUGAAAAAGAUCUGAUGUGGAAGAAAGAUCAGAAUUGGUCUGCCUGUGUUGUGUUCAAUUGAAAUACUGUAGAAUUCCAUUCAUUCCUAUGGAGGACUGCUCCUACUGGGCAGUGCCAAUAUUGCCGACCGGUGUCUUCAAAGCUUCUCAAUGGCCAAUACAUGGCAUCCGCAAUCCAGGCUUUGUGCAGUGCAUUUGGAAAGUAUUCAGACUACUUGACUCUUUCCACAUUUUGUUACGUUACAGCCUUAUUCUAAAAUGAAUCAAAUAGUUUUUUCCCCUCAUCA